AUGUCCUCCGAUGACUCCGAAUGUACAUGGAUUCAAGCGUUUUGUUCCAUGUAUGGUAAUGAAUUUCUUACAGAGGUAGACGAGUCUUUUAUCGCAGACCAGUUUAACUUAACAGGACUAAGUGAUAUAGUUCCCGAUUUUCGUAAAGCUUUGAAAAUAAUAUUAGAUUACGACGACUCAUCUGAUAAGUCGUCUAUGCAGCUUGUGUCUUCUGCUGAAUUCUCGAGAAACUGUCAGAUGCUUUAUGGCGUCGUUCACGCUCGGUUUAUAAUGAGUACUGUCGGUUUAGAGAAAAUGUAUGAUAAAGUAAUUAAUAAAGAGUUCGGGAAAUGCCCGAGAUAUCUAUGCGAUAGUACUCCCUUAAUACCCACAGGUAUACAUGAUGAUCCGGGAUUAGAUACAGUGAAACUGUUUUGCCCAUGCUGCAAUGAGAUAUAUUCUCCGAUUCCUAGCAAACACAGACUGCUAGAUGGUGCAUAUUUCGGUACAUCAUUCGCUCAGAUGUUGCUAAUGGCUUAUCCCCUCUUACGGAAGAAACACAAGAUAGAAUUCAUUCCUAGGCUAUACGGAUUUAGAAUCCAUCCGAGCGUAAAGUGA